GGAGAUGGCGAGCGAGGUGUGCCGCGGGCUGGUGGCGAUGGGCGGCGAGGAGUAACGGCACAUGGGGGGGGCGGGUGAGAGGAAACGCUGCUUCGAAAAGGGUCCAGACGAGUUUGGAGGGGAAGGGAAGAGAGCUGGAGGUGAUAGCGGUGCUGGCGGGCCGAGCCUGGCCAUGGUUAAGGUGAUUGUAUAGCUCCCGUACGUAUGUGAAGGCUGAAAGGCCUUGGGUAGUAACCAUGGUGAAACACUUCUUUGAUGUAUCUACUCUCAAGAGCACGUGGGACCAAGUUGCCUCUGCAUUUUGGCAACGAUAUCCAAAUCCAUUCAGCAAACAUGUAUUAACUGAAGAUGUGAUUUACCGUGAGGUAACCUCGGACAACAAGCUACUUUCUAGACGUCUGUUUACAAAGACUAACCGCCUGCCUCGUUGGGGAGAGAUGGUGUUCCCUGCUAACCUGGCACAAUCUGUCUUUGUUGUCGAGGAUUCCAUAGUUGAUCUUCAAAACCGAACAUUUACCACGUUAACAUGGAAUAUUAAUCACACCCGCCUCAUGCAGGUAGAGGAGAAAUGUAUUUAUCGUCCAAAUCCAGAAAAUCUGGCAUGGACACACGUACAACGUGAGGCGUGGGUCACUUCAAAUGUGUUUGGUUUUUCUCGAGCAAUACAGGAAUUUGGUCUUGCCAGAUUUAGAAGAAAUCAGUUAAAAGCAACAGAAGGAUUUGAAUAUAUUCUUGCUCAUUUACAAGGUGAGUUGCCACCUAAAACUCUGAAAGAAACUGCAAAAGAGGCGACUGAGAAGGCAAAGGAGACUGCACUGGCAGCCACAGAAAAAGCCAAGGAUCUGGCAUCCAAAGCAGCACCACAAAAGGCAAAACAGUUUGUCUGAUCCAGGAAGAAAGACCAUGUUUGCACACUGCAUCUUUAGUCCUUUUGAGAAUAAAAUAAUCUGCUUUGUUUUUAGAAAGAAAAAAGCAAUUGUUUAUAGUGCAAGCCCCAAAUGUUUCAUGUUUCUUGAUGGUCUUUACUUGUGUGCACAGAAUGUUUACAGCAUUAACUUUUCUUUUAAUUUUUACUGUGUCCAUGACAGAAACAGCCUUAGUAUUCCCAAUAGAUUAGAAUAAUACUGGUGCAGGUAUGUUACCAAGCCUUUCAAAACAGCUUCCACAGGCUUUAUGAUCUUUUUCAUCUCUCCCAAUAACGCUUAUUUCAAUGGAAUGAUUUAAUCUUUGUUUUAAUUUUUCAAAUAUUCUUUUAACUAAUAAAUGAAGCGAACAGUAUUCCAUGACAGUGAAGUGACACACACAGCCAGGACAAUGUUUCAGUUAAACACUGAUGAAAAUUAACAUUCCUAUCGGGAGUUCCCUUCCUGGAUAUUUUGUUUUGUCCCUUGGGCAUUAUGGAUUAAACUGGGCACUAAGUUUUACAAAUAAAAUUAAGGUGGUGAUGUUCUGUCUGAUCUGUUCUUAAUCAGAUGCUGAAUUAUUUAUUUUCAAUUGUUUUCUUUUGCCUAAAUUCAAGAAACUGUCUCGUUGGCUACUUAGAUGUAAUAUGCAAAGCUUUGAUUCUUGAUGUCGUACCAGAUUUCUUAAAUGAAUUUAACUUUUUUUAAGUGUCGAACAGUAGACCAUCAAAAGUAGACAAUCUGGCUACCGAAAUAAAUCCUGGCCAAGGACAUGUGCUGACUUAGUAUCUGAAAAUAUGUGUCAAUAUUUCAGAUUUAAGCUCAUCCAUCUUAAUCAAGUACUUGAUUAUUUAUUUUAAUUCUUGAUCUGAUAUUAUGGCAAGACAUGCAAAUGAGACUAUGUAGACAUGUCCAGUUCCUAUGCUCCAUCAAUCUGGCAAAUAAUAGGAAUCCUUAUAUAGAGCUGAGUGCUGUGGAAGGACAGGGAGAGCCAUGGCUUUUCUUUUACCCUGCGAGUGUUCUGCUGUCUCUCUGUUUUCUUUUGUUUAGCACUGUAGCUUUACAGCUUUGCCAUCUGUGUUAAGUUCCUUGAAGAGUCUUGUCUAUCUGUCCUCUCUACUUCUCAGAUGCUGCUGCAUAUUUCCAGAAAAUCUUCUCUGCUCAGGUAACAGAAGCUGUAGAGCCCUCAUGUUUUUCUCCAGCAGCCUGCAUUUCAUAGCUUCAAAGUUUGUGCGAUAAGAAGGGGGACUAGAAUGCUGGCAGGUUUCCUCAAGAUGAAGAAAAUAAUUUUGUACAAGCCCUUGCUGCUGAAACCUCUUUAACCUUGAAUGUGCUAUUAUUGUCUAACUGGACGGGUAAUGUUUACCAAUUUAUUCUGUAUUUUUAGAAAGAGUUUCUUAAGAUUUAAUAGUUUGUCAAACCUUCAGAACUACCUUUCUUAAUGGUUAAUAAAUGUCUAUGAAAAAUCUCA